UCUGCGGCUGCAGUUUGGGGGAGGCGGCGGCGGUGGCGGCGGCUGUGGGCUGAGCGCGGGGUGCAGGCGAUCGCCGUCGGGGCUCGGGCGGCGGCAGUGGGCGCAGGCUCCCCGGUGCCCGCCCCUCCGCUCCGGGGGGGCGCGAGCGGGCGGCCGGGGGGGGGGGGCCGGCACCGCCGCCGCAAAAUGAGCCUGCUGUCGGCCAUCGACACGAGCGCCGCCUCGGUGUACCAGCCGGCCCAGCUGCUCAACUGGGUCUACCUGUCGCUGCAGGACACGCACCAGGCGAGCGCCUUCGAUGCCUUCCGGCCCGAGCCGCCCGCCGGCGCCGCGCCCCCAGAGCUGGCCUUCGGCAAGGGCCGCCCAGAGCAGCUGGGCUCGCCCCUGCACUCCAGCUAUCUCAACAGCUUCUUCCAGCUGCAGCGCGGAGAGGCGCUGAGCAGCAGCGUGUACAAGAACGCCUCGCCCUACGGCUCCCUCAACAACAUCGCCGACGGCCUCAGCUCCCUCACCGAGCACUUCUCCGAGCUGACCCUCACCUCUGAGACCCGCAAGCCCAGCAAGCGGCCUCCGCCCAACUACCUGUGCCACCUGUGCUUCAACAAAGGACACUACAUCAAAGACUGCCCCCAGGCACGCCCCAAAGGUGAGGGUCUGACCCCGUACCAGGGCAAAAAGCGCUGCUUCGGCGAGUACAAGUGUCCCAAGUGCAAGAGAAAAUGGAUGAGCGGGAACUCCUGGGCCAAUAUGGGGCAGGAGUGCAUCAAGUGCCACAUCAACGUGUACCCACACAAGCAGACUCUCCAUCCUCCCGCCCCCAAGGGUUUCCAUGGUUCCCAUCACCCACAUUGUGGCACACAGGCAAAUAGAUGGGAAGCUGGCCAUGCAGCCCAGUGGACAAGGGGCUCCUUAGUGCAGCGGGCCUGGCCCACAACCUAAUGGCACCAAGGGAGACACCAAGGCCCUAGAGCGCCAAGACAGGCUUGAUGACCCAGUGGCUGGGCACAGGGCACGUGAUAUGCACAUAGUGUUGUAGGAGCACGUCGGGGCUGGGGCUGAAGGCGGGCGGUGUAAAGGAGCCACGGCAUCCUGGAUCCUGAAGUCUUCCUGGCAAUUCCUGAGCAGGUCUGGAACCCCAGUUCAGAAGCACCUCCCCACAUGUCUGACUAUCAGCUCACUCGCCCUCGUUGAACUCUGCUCUCCCGGGGCCCUUGUGCGUGGCCCAUGCUGUCAGAGGGGUUCCUACUUUCUCUCACUGGACACACUUUGUUGACGGCUGCUCGCCAGGUCUGUGCAGGCUCUGAAGGAAGACGAAGGUCAGGGGGCUGCCUGGCUUUCCAGGAGCUUCCUCUCCAACCCAAGGGACAGGAUUCCAUCAGACAGGGUUAGCAACUGGCGUUCAGAGAACUCCUGUUCUGAGUCGCAGGUGUAGUCACCCUCCGGGUGCCGUUUGCUGAGCCCCUGCACGCCCUUCAUGUGUGCUCUGCCCUCAGACCGGGUGUCCUGUUCACUGGGAGGGAACGUGCUGUCCUGAGAAGCCACGUGGCCUUUCCAGGGCCCCCACGUGGAAGUGGUGCCUUGACGUUGAACUUGCACCUGUGUCUGGAGCCCGGCCCUGAGGCCAGGCAGGCCUCCGUUGGUGUCCCAGCGCACGCCCCCUGAACUGGGUGGGCUGGAGCAAAGCGCUGGGCUGGGCUCCGAGCACAGGAGAGAGGAGGGGUGCUGUAGGUGCGUCUCAGUCUCUGGAGACUCUGGCAGGAAUUGGGACAAUUGUGACAGCAGUGUGCGGUGGCCAGGCACUCCUCUGCGUGUUUUAUGCCUUCAUCCUCUCAGCCACCCCAUGAGGUCAGCUCUAUUGUCUCCCCAUUUUACAGAGGAGGAAACUAAGGCAAAGGGCAUAAGUGACUUACCCAAGGUCAGUAGAGAAGCUGGAACUCAUGAAGAGGGAGCAAGUUUGGGGCUGGAGGACAACGUGGAGCCUGGAGGGGACAGAUGAGUGGCCCGGGGGAAGCGGGGGCAGGGGGAACAGCAAGGGCAGGUCAGGGUGGCUGGCUGGGGAGGGGAGCUGGGAAUGGGCCAGUUCCUGCAGGGGCUCAGACGUAUGGUGCUUGGGGCUGUGCUGGGGGUCUGGGAGGCUCAGUCCUUAUGACUCUCGCACCUCUGUGACCUAAUCAGAGAGGCAGGACCCAGGCCAUGCACCCAAGUCCACCAGGACCCAACUCCCCACUGUGGCUCCAGCCUCCUUGGCCGCACCCCUGUAUUGCCCUAACACCCCUUCCAUGAUGCCGGGGCCGUACCCCCAUCCCCCAGGCUGGAAGUGGCCUCUCCUGCUUCGUCUCCAUCCUGCGAAGCUCAGUCCAAGUGCAGCUUCCCUGACCAUCACCUCCCCGUCUCCACACUCAGGAUUAGAGUCUCCCAGGCCCAGUGAGGAAGAAUCUUCCAAGUGCGUGUGGCUCUGCUUUUCCUUCUCCUCGUCAUUCAGCCCUUGUUUGUUGAGCACCUACUGUGUGCAGCGGGGAGACUGAGGCCCAGAGAGGAGAUGGGAUUUGAGCAAGGUCACUCAGCCAGUCAGGGGGGCCUGGGACCGGGUCUCCCCUUGCCUCACCCCCCAAUCUCCUGUCACAGGGCUCUUCUCCCUCAGGGAAGUGGCAAGCUGGGCUGAGGGCAGAGGGGGUGGUGGCCCUGCCGGGCUCCCCAGCAGUCAGGAGCCUUUGAAGAGCUGAGAGGAGGGGCUCAGAACCUCUGUCCCCCCAUACUCUCCCUGCCCCCCAUGGUGGAGAGGGGUUGCUUUAUUUCUCCUGCCCCCUGAGCUCUGACCUGUGUGGUAUCCAUCUCCUGAGAACCCUCCACUUCCCCUCCCCUCCCUCCCCUACCACAUCUGUUUCCCGUCAGUCUCCAGCUGCGGUUCCCCCCUGCCAGCCCUGCCCCCCAUGAGAAGAAAACACUAAUGGGCUUUGCCUCACUGCGGGGGGUGGGGAUGGCCCUGGGGUGAUCAAUCCCAGCUGCUGACUGUUUUUCCCUCCGCAGCAGAGGGGAGUCGCCUUGACAGCUUCCCCAACCUCCUCCACCCAGUGCCUGGGCAGGGCUGAGCCAGGACCCGUGGAGGGAAGGGGCGCUGACGGGGUCACGGCCAAGGAGCGGGGAUGGCCCGGAUGUUGCAAGUGCAUUUCCACAGGGACUCAGCUGGUUCUCCUGUUCCCAGCCUGCUCCAUCUACAGGAUAAUAAUAGCAAUAAUACAUGAUAUUAAUACUGAUCAGCACUGCUCUUUAUGUACCAGGCACUGUUCUAAAAACUUUGCAUAUAUUAACUUAUUUACUCUUCACAACAACCCUAUCAAGGAGGUACGCUUAUUAGCCCAUUGUGUAGAGGAGAAAAAUUGAGGCACAGAGAGGUUAAGUGACUUGCAAGAGGUCACACAGCAAUUACAGAGUCUUACAGAGCUCUUUAUGGUUAGAAACUACCUUAAGACAGUCAUCUCAUUUACUUCUCUCCCUAUCACACGUACAGCAAAUGUUAUUAAACCCCCCCAACCCAAGUUACAGAAGGGCAAGCUAAGGUUCUAAAGGAGAAAGUUCUCUCCCAACAGCCCUUGGCAGGUAGGUAAAGCUGCAGGCCUCUGGCAAAGCCUUUAAUGUCUUGGAGCCUCAGUUUCCUCAUCUGUAAUAUAUGAGGAUGUUAAUAUGCCCCUCACAGGACGUUAGGUUGUAUGAUUUAUGUGGCCGUGCUUUACAAAGUGUAAACCACAGGGAGCAAGGGUGGUGUCAGGCCUGCUUGCUCUGGUCUCUCUGGCCCCACUUGGAAGACGGGUUCAGGGAGGGGCUCCGGCCAGCAUGAAGAGUCCGGGAGGGGAGCUGGACAUCAGGCUGGGUUUGGUCGGGGGGAGGGAAGACUUCAGAGCUGCUCACAUCAGACCUAUGGGGGCCAGCAGAGAGUCUGCAUGGCCCCUGUGUGGCUGGGAUCACUGGGAUGGGCGUACAGGGACCCAGACUUCAGCCCAAGAUCGUGAAGUGCUUCUUACAGUGCAGGCAAUGGGCUGAGCCGGUGAGCUCAGCCGCCAGGUAGCUCUCCAGCACCGGGGUGUGUAAGCCAUGCCCUGGGAUACUGUAGGUGUGCAUCAAGAUGUCUGGAGGGCAGGGGAUGUGACCUUCCCAGGUCUUUCAGCUUGGAAUUAUGGCUUCAACUUUCAGUGGCCCUCUACCAGCUGGUAUUCCCCUCCUAUUAGUAAUAAUAAUAAACAGCCUUUAUAACUUUUAUGUGCUAAGCACUUUCUAUUUGUGAUCUUUCUUGAGUUGUAACAACAGUCUCGUGAGAAAAGUGUUACUGACAUCUCCUUUUACAGAUGAUGAAGUGGAGGAUCAGAGAGGUCAGGUGGCUUGCCCAAGGUCACACAGCUCAUAGGUAGUUUGAGCCCAGGUCUGACAUGAAGCCAAACUCUUUCUCCUUUCCCCUGGCCAGGAAAGCCAGUCAUUGAAAGCUUACUGAGAUGAAGCCAAGGCUCCUGCCCUAUUUCCAUGUCUUCCCAGCGUGGCUUUAGGCCUGGAAGCACAGAGAUGGGCUUUAUGACCCUGGAUCAGAACCUGCCCACCCACAGUCCAUACACUCACUUUCUAGAGCCCUCUGACUCAUCCAUUCUCUGCUCUGAGUGUCAGCUUCAGGCCAGGCACUGCAUAAUCAGGCAGAAAAGUUGGUGCGCUACUUUUGAGCAGUUUGCAGCCUGUCCAGGGGGUAGCGCUCAUGCUCAGCUUCCCUCCAGGACCAUUCUGGGUCCUAGUCACUGGCACUAAGGCUCCCUUGGCCCACACCAGCCUGCAGUUCCUGCCCCCUGUCCUCGGCAAGUGGCUCCCAGCUGGCCCUGAUCAGCUUCCUUUGAGUCCCCCCGAGUCCAUGCAGAGGACCCUGCUACAGGUAGGGGUUCUGGGCUGGGGCUACGGCUGCCAGCCAAGAAACCGUCUGCCUCGGGAGGUGUGCCUAAUAACCUCCGUACAUUUUCCAGAGAAACAAGCUCGCUUUUGAGAGCCAGGAUGCGAGGUACAGAGGGAGCAGGGAAGCCCCCUGCGUAACAGAAAUGUGCUUGUACGUGCCAAACGCCACUCAGUUUACAAGCAUCUAGACAUCUGACUCCACCCUGUAAACAAGCUGCAACAAUGGCCCACUUUACAGAUGUGGAAACCGAGGCUCUCUGAGGCCACACCGUGAGUGAGUAGCCUCAGAGGUCUGGCAAGUCACCUCCCUUCUCUGGACCUCAGUUUCCCUGUUCAGAAACACCUAGCCACUCCACUAACGGGGCAGGCACUGUGCCAGGCCCUGGGAUGUGGGAUGAAUCAGAACACUGGCUGCUGACAUCACAGAGCUGAGGGCUCGCUAACCCGAAGCCUGAAACACUGUGACCCCGUCCAGGUUAAACUCCCCUUGAGUCUUGAGGCCACAGGAGCAGGUGUGGUGGUGACAAGCGGCCUGGGAAGAAGCAGUGGAUGCUGGGAAUCAGGAGAUGCGGCUUGGGUCUCCCUUGCGGUGGGCCUCAGUUUCUUCAUCUGGAUAAUGUCUGUGCCCCGCUGUGCUGCCUCUGUCUCGGGCAUUCGUGAGCUUCAGGUGGUGGCUGCUCAGAGAGUACUGGCGGGGGUGGAGUUGGGGGGCAAAGUGGCAUCUAGACCUGGUGCUCUGCGUGUAAGACCUCCUCCCAAAGCGCUGGCCCCAGCCCAAGGCCUCAGCCUAUGCCUCCCAGGAUGCAGGACGCAGGACACUUGGGUUGCCUGCAGCAGGCGAGAAGCAGGAAGGGUCCUGGGCGCUUUGGGAAACAACCUCUGAUUACAGACGCCUGCGCUCUCUCUCUGGGCCCUCCCUGUCUGUCUCCCUCCUCCUGUCUGUCUGUCUGUCUGUCUCGAGCACUCUCUGCGUCUCUCCGCAUCUGCCUCACUCUCCCUGCUCCUCUGGUAUUUCUUUCUUUCCGCCCCCUCCUCCCCACCCUUGGGCCCGCUUCCUCC